GGCGCCUUUCCCAACGUAAAGUACAAUUUUAAAAUUUAAGCUCCCGACUAAAAGAAUGAUCCGCAGUCAACUGCUAGGGAAUCUGGGCGCCCCAGUGCCUGCGGAGGGUGCAGCCGGGUGUGGGCAAGGGCAGGGGGAGUGGGCGAAGCUGCUGGUUGGUGCCUGAAAUCUGUGCGUUGCCCCUUUAAUUGUGUCCUCAGCCCUCGGGCGUUUCUGUCCAACGCCCACGUCAGCAAAUACCUUUUGUUUCUCCCACGUUGGGGCUACUUGUUUUAGGGCGCACAGCCUCGGCUUCGGAAGGGGGUGCUUCCCCCACUGGGAACCGGGAAUUGCUCCGCAGCGCGCACGAGCGGUCAGAGCCCCGCGACACAGCUCCUUUUGUGACGUCUUUGACUUAGAGUCUUUCAUCUUUGCCCUUCAGUAGUCUUCAGGUGUCAAGACUAGCAUCUGCACAUUCCAGAAUGGAGAUCUCCUCCCACCAAUCACACCUCCUGCAGCAACUGAACGAGCAACGCAGGCAAGACGUGUUCUGUGACUGCAGUAUUCUCGUGGAAGGCAAGGUCUUCAAAGCGCAUCGAAAUGUCUUGUUUGCUAGCAGCGGCUACUUUAAGAUGCUGCUGUCCCAGAGCUCAAAGGAGACGAGUCAGCCAGCCACAGCCACGUUUCAGACCUUCUCCCCGGACACCUUCACAGUUAUCCUGGACUUUGUCUACUCUGGCAAACUCUCUCUUACCGGACAGAAUGUCAUAGAGGUGAUGUCUGCUGCGAGCUUCCUUCAGAUGACUGAUGUCAUUAGUGUAUGCAAGACUUUCAUUAAAUCUUCCUUGGACAUCAGUGAGAAAGAAAAGGAUCGCUAUUUCAGCCUCUCAGAUAAGGACAGCAGCUCGAAUGGUGUGGACCGCCCCUCUUUCUAUAGUAGCAGCUGGCAGGAGGAAAGUGCAUCUCCCCGUUCUCACCUGAGCCCAGACCAAGGCCCGAGCACAGUAAGUGGGAAGCUGUGGCCCACGUACAGUUACCACGCUGCGCCCCAAAGGAAUGCUCAGCAGCCGUUGGCCAGUGAACACAGGAAGGAUGCCAUUAAAAAGACCAAGCACUUGAGACUGUCGCAACCUUCUCAGCCUGUUCAUCUUAAGUCGGGGAAAGCAGAAGCUCGGGCGUCCGAUUCCUCCAGCCACGUUUCCCAGUCUGAAGAGCAAGUACAGAUUGACGCUGAAGUAGACUCUGCUCCCGCUGGCUUCCAGUACAGCCAAGGGUCUGACGUCACAUCCAGGAGCUUUCCAGAUGAUCUGCCCAGGCUGCGAUUCAAGUGCCCAUACUGCACGCAUGUUGUGAAGCGGAAAGCAGACCUCAAACGCCACCUGCGCUGCCAUACAGGAGAGAGGCCCUACCCGUGCCAAGCUUGUGGGAAACGCUUUAGCAGGCUGGACCAUCUGAGCAGCCAUUUCCGAACAAUCCACCAGGCAUGCAAACUUAUCUAGAAAUGCAAACGCCAUGUGACUGACCUCACGAAAGUGGUCCAGGAGGGAACCAGGCGCUACAGACUGUGUAACGAGUGCCUGGCUGAAGUCGGCAUCGACAGCCUCCCUGUGGAUCUGGAAGCCGAGCAACAUUGCGUGUCCCCCGCGGACGGAGAUAAGGUCCGAUGGCAUCUGAGUGAGGAGAACAGAUCCUACGUGGAGAUUGUAGAGGACGGGUCUGCCGAUCUGGUCAUAAAACAAGUUGAAGACAGUGAGGAGGAGGAGGAAAAGGAAAUCAAACCCAACAUCAGGUAGCCUGCAGUUUACAAGGACAUCUGUUAUCUCUCCGUGGGCGGAGCCUGGUGGAUGGAUUUUUCCUGCUGGCUUGGAAGUGACCUAAUGUGACUUGCAUGCUUCCGAAUAGGUCACUGUAUCCAUUUUGAACUCUGUCGCUCUGAAAUACAUCGCUGCUCUGGGAAGACCUUGCUUGCACUGGCAUGACGAUGAUCAGUUACCCUUUGUUACUGUGCGGAUGCCAUUUCUUUAAAUAUUGGAAAAUCUAUUUAGCAAACUUUUCUGAGUAAAUAUUUUAAAUAAACCUAUCACAACA